AUGCAGAGUGCUGUCGUCUCUAGCAGCAGAAUCAUCGCGGAUGUUCUUCCUGAUAUUAUCUGUAUCACUCAGGGAGAGGAUGCGACGAGGACAGCGCAAUACUGGGAUUUGGUGCACGCAAGGGGCCGCGUUGCGUACUUCAUUUCAACCCGGUCCCUGCAGAAGGUGCUCAAGCCCAUUGUGAAGCUAGGCUCAGCUGAUGCAGCUGCUCAGGUGCUGCUAGAAGACGCGCAUAUUGCUGCGUUAAGGGCACAUGAACCAUGCGGCGAACUGAAGCAGCAGCAGCAGCAGCGGCAGAGGCAACCACAGAGGAGACAUGUUGCACGACCGCCUAUUCCCCUAUCUCACACCCUUUUAGAGUUGAUGUGUGGCUCGCGUCCAACCCACCUGCGGCUGCUCCAGAAUGGCGCGGUGACUGCUUAUGUGGGAAUCGACGUCUCCCAGCGGGCGCUGCACUUGGCCCGGGAGGCCUGCAGACGGCAACUCUCUGCAGGAGAGCCCCCGAACAGCGGUGCCUCAUUCGCAGGAGCCGCUCAAGAAUCAGCUGCAAGAGCAUCUGCAGCAGGACCUCUAGCAAAAACCGCGGCUUGCGUGCAUGAGGUCCUGGGAAGCUGCACAUUGCUGCGUCAUGACUGCCGCAUGUUAAGCGAGGAGUUGCCCUUGCUGCAGUCACGAUUUAUUUUGCUGGUUGCAGGGCUCGACGAUAUCAUAGCACGCAGCACUACAGACAACACAGACGCCCGAGGGCCUUGCGACGAGGCUCUCCUCCAGGUGCUCCACUCCGCCGCAUUCGCGCUGCCUGUGGGCGGCACUUUGCUGCUGCUAGAGCCCAUGAAGCACUUCCCCGAGCUGUUGCUUAGCUUAUACAAGGCGUUGCAGCAUCCUGUGCUAUGCUGCCGUCUGCUGCUAUGCGAGGCAGCGGAGCUCGUGGGGCCAUCGCGAGAUGUUUUCCUACUGCGCCUGCGAAGGCAUACGGAUGCCUCAGAGUGUAUGCGGGCUCUUGAAAAGUUCCACGCUACUGAUGUUGCUAGACUCGCAACAAGGAAGCCUUUUCGCCGCGGUCUCCAAGGGGCCCUUGAGGCUCCGCAGGCAGUGCAGCACGCGAUGCCCCUGUGUUACCGUCUUUCCCUGGUCCAACAGGCAAAAGAAUUGUCAUUUCUUCUCUGUCAGGUUCAGGAUAUAGAGGGAGCCACAAUGAGUGAGGAGCAAGAACUAGAACCCAACAUGGAUAAAUCUCGAUACCAAGUAAACUGCAGCGGCAACAGCAACACCACUACUGUAUCUCCGCUGCACGCAGCAGUCGCAGCCGGGAACCCCCAGUUGGUAGACUUGCUGAUCCGUCAUGGAGCACAGCCGACGGGGGGCCUCUUCGAGGACCCUCUUUCCGUAGCUGCGGAUAUGCUGCUACAGGAGGCAGUUACUGCUGGCCUUUCCCUUCCCGAAGACUUGAACUGUACAGGAAGCAGCAGCACAGGCGUGAGGCCCUCUGCGGCAACUGGAGUAGCAUGUGCGAAGCAGCAGUCGCUCCUCAGAAGUAUCAUACUUCUCUCGUGGGUGGAGGGGCAAAUGUCCGCACUUAUGGGAGGGCCCAUCUGCGGCUGCUGCUGCUGCAAGAAAGACGACUUCUUGCAGACAGCAGCGGGGGUCCCUCCUGUCUCCUCCCUGAUUUGGCCCAUUGGAGAUCCGUUGGAAGCAUUCUCGGGGGGACAUCCACAGGAUUUCACAGAGGCUGCAGUGCACUAA